UCUCUCGCCACCAGGCCUCUCGCUUGAUUGAGCAUGAUAGAUUGAUUAAAAGAGAGAGCAAGAAAGAGUCUUGAGUCUUCCAGCUCUCGGCAUGAAAAUUAUGGGACUAAGCAUAACAGCAUUGCUGUUACUACUUGUACUCGAUGUAGCAUCCUCCCGGAAUGAAGAGAAAUGCCACGGAGGGUUUUUUUAUAUAAUCCCAAAUUAUAUUAUCAGACAAAGGAAUUAUAGUGUUUCAUUAGUGCAUGUGAUGGGAUGGGAAAAGGAACAAAAGAAACACCAACCUCAGUUAACAUUGCUCUUCAAUUGAUUCACGCAAAAGUUUGUUAAUUUUUAUUUAAUAAAAUCUUUCCCUGAUAGCAUUUCUAUCUUGUCCCGAUGAGCCGGUAAAGAAAUAUUAUUAUAACACCGUCUCAAGCUCUUGCCGAAAGUUUGACUACUAUCAGAGCUGUGAAAACUAUGGCGGCAUUGGAAACAAGAAAAACAAGUUUGACUCGAUGGCAGAGUGCAUUAAUACUUGUUUUGAUGUUCCUUCAAACUCAACUCCAGCUUCUUCUAUUAAGCACACAUCCAUUCUACCUGAGUUAGCCAUAGUGACAUCAGUCCUAAAUUUUGCUACCACUUCAUAUAUGGAGCAUGUCUCAACUAUGCCAAUUCAUGGCCGGAGCUCAUCUCCACCACCUUCCCCGUCAUCCUCCUCCUCCUCCUCCUCCUCAAAGUACCAGAAGCCACCACAGCCAACCUCAGUCUCCAAUACUCAGAUCUCUCCUGUUUUAUCCUCCUCCUCCUCCUCCUCCCGUUCAUAUUCCUCCACCAUUAUUAUACAGAAACCACCACAUCCAACUGCAUCCUCCUCAUCUUCUGAGGAUCAAUUUUACAACCAGAUGUUCAUUUAUGGAUCACUCACUGUCUUUUUCGUGGUUGUACUCUCUCUCGUCAUUGCAGGCUCCAUUUUUGUCAUCAUGUACUUGAGCUAUCGGCGGAGAAAACGUGUCUUGGAAUCGCCGUCCUCAGAAAUGCCUAGCAGUAUUAAUAGUAGCAGUAGUAGGAGCGAUGAAGCUGAGAACAACAGCAUUUGUAUCUUACCUCAUUCUGGCUCACAGUCUUCAAGCCCAUCUGAACUCAUAGAAGCGUAAGAGCUGAAUAUACCUCCUACUAUGGCUACUCAGUACCACCAUUAUUGUUACUAACACUAUAUAUCAUAAUUAUAAUAAUUAAUUUUGUUGUGUAUUUUCAUCAUUUAUUCUUUCCUUGUAAUGG